GUCCGUGUCGUUGGCAUUGUCAGUGACAAGCUUGAGACGGGCGCCAGUCGCAUGGAGGAGAUGAACGAGGUCAUGUCCCUCCGAGAUGCCAUGGAGAUUGCCCGCAGCAAAGGUGUAGACGUGAUCCUCAUCAAUGAGGAUCCGGACCCUCCGCUGGUUAAGAUUUUCA